AAGAUAUCAAAUAAAUUUGAACAAUCAUCCGUUCUUGAAUCAACUCUAUCGCCAAGUACACUAUACUCCAAUCGCAAUACACUCUAUCCUACAUUUUAUACAAAAGCUCUUAGUCGUAGACAACACUCUAAACGAAUUUGAGCCUCGUUCAACAACGAUAACCGAAAACGAAAGUCAUAUAUAUACUCUUUAACAAAGAAAACUGUUCAAGUUUUUUAACAACUCACACAACAAUCAUGCCUCUCAGACUCUCAACAAAAAAGGCUUCCACCGUGGCUGCGACGCCUGAAGCAAUGUCUUCCGAAGUAACCCUGGUCGACUCUUCGAAUACACGAUCAGAUAAAAAAGCCACAUCUGGUCCUAGCACCAAGAAAACAAAGAUGACAUGGAAAGAGGCUCGUGCGCAUUGUAAAAAACAGGAAAACUGGGAAGCCCGAGUAAGCGCAGCUAUAUAGUGUGCUCUAAGUCAAACGUGGCUUGUUAGAAAAAGAUCAGAAAAACGGUUUUUUAUGUAUAACUGAUGUUUAAUUACGGUACACGAGGGAUUGGGUUUGGUUUCAAAAGCACGCAACAGAUUGUCUUUCAAGAUUGCAAAACUCUACUAUCUAAUUAAGAAGCUAGCUACAGGCUUGUUGCAAUGCUCUCGUUCAAAUAGCAAAGAGUAGGAUACCCUUUGGAAUUAAUAUACUUGAUUUCUUUUCAUACUAUUGGACAGCCUGAGUUUUUAAAUUAUUCCAGCAUAAAAUACCAGAAAAGGGCCGUU